AUUUGACGAAGCCGCGUUCUACCAUAUACUUUCUCCUUAAACCCUUGAAGAAUCGCAAUUCACAAACAAAAAUCCUUUCUCUCUCUAAGAUCACCAAAAUCAGAACCAUUAAAAAGCUUUGAAGCUUUGAUUUUGAUGAAAAAGAUGGCUCUUUUACGAAGAAUCAACACUGUUCGUUCUCUUUAUCAAACCUUUGAGCUUCAACAAUCUUCUUCGUUUCUGCUUAGGAGCUCAAGAAGCUAUUCCACAGGGUUUUCAAAUGUUCCUCAAUUCUAUGGCCAAGGCCAAGGCACAACUUAUUGCUUUUACAAGACAGAUAAUAAUGCUAUUCCUUGGACUUCUAGAAACAAAAUGACACUGCGUUCUACCAUGGCUGCUGAAUUGUUGAUCUUUUUGAAUGACAAAAAGUUCCUAGCCACACAAGCAAAAGCCCCUGCACAAGUUCGGAAAACAGGAGCUCAAUUGUCCAUUACUAGCCCUGGAUUGGUCUGUGAGCCUUAUGCUCCUGGUGAACCAAUCACAUUUUGGAAGAGAUAUUUCACAAGAACCGGUUGGAGAAGAACAAAAGAUGAUAUCAAGUCUGAGCUCAAGAGUGCCUAUGCGAUUGCUAGGUUAAGGAGAUCUGGAUACUCAAAAAACCAGUUCUAUAAGGAGGCCGUAGAACUAUACAAGCAGAUAAACACUCUAAUAGCAAAUGGUGACAAAACAUCAUUAAGGAAAGCAGUCACAGAGAAUAUGUUCUCUGCACUCAAGAAUGAAAUUAAGCAAAGGGAAUCUAUCUGGAGUAAGGUUUACUGGGAGAUGGUUGAACCUAUUGUUAAAAUACGAACUUUGCGAGCCCGACUGAUUGGUGUUGAUAAGAAUGAUGUUAAUAAAGUGUUCGUACAACUUACGCUUGAGUUCCUGACUAAGGAGAAAUUUGAAGCAUAUGAUUCAAAAGGUGCUGUUGUUGCUGGGGAUAAAACUAAGGAGGUUCUUGUUCGUUCUAUCUGGGUAUUUGAGAAGUCUCUCUUUCAUCCUGGAGCUUAUUGGCGCCUCUGUGGACGAAUUAAAAUGUGAUGCCAGCUAUUAUUGAUGGCAGACGGAUACUUGCCACCCAAUCUUGUUAGCUGACCAUGUUGAAAUUCAUGCAGUCAAUAUAAUCUAUCCAUUUUGAUAGACCCAUUUUGAUAGACUCAAUUUUUGGCGUGACGUCUUUGAAGACUAUAUAAAAUGACUAGCAGUUUAUUAUUUAAUGCCCUAUCUUUCUAAUUUCUCUCCUCACGCAGUCCUUCUUGUUCCUAACACGCGCUGUUAUCGACAAAUCGAUGCCGUCUUCCCAGAAAUCAUCUUCCUCUCCCGAGUCAAGUGGAAGAACUAGUUCAGAAUUAUGUUCUAGGAUUUAUAACUUGCUUCAAUCGGGCUUUGUGCAUUGUGUAGAAGCAAUGGCCGGUAGGUAAGAUGGACAAAAGUUUGGGGUUUUGACAUUUGGAAGUCCAUUAAGAAAAGAAAAGUAUUUCUCCCGAGUAGUUUCUCCUUGCUUCCAAGUAAAGUAUCCAUGAAAUGAAUUAACCUUCCUUCCAUUCUCAUUUGCUGAUCAGAUUCUUAAACAAUCAUAGGCCCUUUUAGAAUUAUAUCCCAGAAAUGGAUCAAAGGUUUCUUGGCCUUUGCCACAGGCUCUACAACUUCAUCAAGAAAUUUCUAGCAACAUAUGCCAUGAAAAGUGUAACUUUAGGCCGUGGUUCUCAUCAGUCUCCAGCUCAAUUACCUACCUCCGGUGCUGCGUCAGCCAUAUCCAGCUCCAUGACUGACCAAGCAACACACCCCAUGGCUCAAGAACCACCACUCGAAGAUACAAGUUUGCAUGCCGAAGUAGAGCCUGAUCCAGCUCAUAAUCAUAAAAAUGUUCAGGAAAUGGGUGAUGAUGGCAUUUCUUCUUCACCAUCAAAGGAAGAGAAAAUUGAAGAGGAAGCAGCAGUGUCUUCAAUUGCACCUGAAGCUCGACCUCCAAAGAAAAUGGUCAGCAUAAAUGAAACAGUAGAAGAGAUGCCUGCAACCAGCAACAAAAGUAAAAAGAAGAAAAGAACAGAAAAGGUGGGUUCAUUUGACCAAGAAACAGAUGAGCCAAAAUCUUUGAAAUCCAUUUUAAAGGUGAGGUCUAAGCCAGAUGAGAAUUAAUAUAUGAAUUUUUUUGGCCUUGGAGAUGGCUCAAUUGAUAGAGCUAGCUGUUGCAAGUUGCAACCAUAGAUUGUCAAUUCAACUGAAUGGUUAAAUUCUCCAUGCCAAAAAAAAGGGGAAAAAUUUCAAUUUGGUCCAACCCUGAAAAUAUAUGGAAUUAUAUCAUAUCAAUGCAUUAUCUCAUUUAGUUUGAAUAAACAUUAUCAAUUGUUUCAAUUUCUAUUCUUCUUCUAUAUAGGUUUUUCCAACCUCAAGAAUGGCCAAAUUUCAGGGAGAUAUUUCUCAUUUUAAAAAAAAAGUUAAAGCAACAAAUAGGAUAUUUGUUUUGCUCUUUGUUGAUAUUAGUAUUAAUUUUAUCUUGAAUAUAUGUACCCAAUGACAUCGUCCACAAUUAUUAGAUAAAUUCAAAGAUAAGAUCUAUCCAUUCAUAAGUCAA